AAACGUUCCCAGGGGGGAGACACAAGAUGGCAAGUUUGCGUUGGACCUGGUUGCUGCUGACCUUGACACUCGUCUCCGCCCAAGGUGACCUGCAGACGUACGAAGAAGAGCUGAACGAAACGGUCAUUUGCACCAACGACCACAUGGAAGUGGUUAUUCCCAGCGCUUUCUUCCUGCACAAAGUCCCCCCAGUUUACGUCUGGGAUUUGCAUCUAAAUGACCCCGACUGUCGAGGCGUGGAAGUGGGAGACGACUACGUCUUCAGCAUUAAGAGCAACCUGUCCCACUGCGGAAGCAUCAUGACGUCGGACGCCACUCACAUCCUCUUCGUCAACACCAUACACAACAACCACACCGACGUCAUCACCAGGAAUUACAUCAACAUCACCUUUGUGUGCCGCUACCCCAUCAACUACAUGGUGCAGCAGCCCAACGGGGAAAACAUGAUUCGCGUGGAUGUCAGGACCAUCACGCUCAACACGGAGGACGGAAACUUCUCCGUGUCCAUGCUGCUGUACAAGGACGAGGCCUUUGAGGACAAGUGGACCACCGUCCCCUCGCUCACCCUGGACGAUGACAUCUUCGUCAAAGUGUUCAUGAUUCCAGCUCACCUGAUGUUACGCAUGGAGAGAUGCUGGGCCACGCCCACCAAGGAUCCUUACAGCCACAUUCAGUACACCUUCAUUCGGGACAGCUGCCCCGUGUUGACAAACCAAGAAACCCUGAGCGUGCUGAAGAACGGCCGCGGCGCUGACGCCAUGUUCAGGAUACAAAUGUUCAAAUUUGUGGGCGGCUCCUAUGCCAACGUCUUCCUGCACUGCAACGUCCACAUCUGCCACAACAGCCCCGGCCUGUGCCAGCCUAACUGCUCGACUGAAGAUGUCCUGUUGAGGACGCGGCGCGACAUUCCGCUGUCCCACACGGUGUCCUACGGUCCCAUCAGACGACGACCCAACGACAGCGAGAAUCCCCGUUUCGGUGGACUCCCACCGGUGGAGACCUUCAUCCUGGGGGGGUUCCUGGUGGUCCUGUUGCUGGUCGCGGGGGUCUUAGGGAGACUGUGGAUUCGUUCCAGGCGCUUCUACCCAGCGGCGCGAGAGGCUCAGCUCACCCUGUCCAAUGUCCACCACAUCUCCGAAGUGGCCUCAUGAGUCGACGGGAUCCAAAAUCGUUCCACUCGGUGACCACUUUUGGAUUCAAGAUUUGUCAUGAAAUUGUCUGUGAUUCAGACUCAAGCGAAGGACUGGAAUACCUCAUCGUAGAACCUUCUAUCUGUUUUCCCUGUAUUAUGUGUGUUUUAUUGGCAGAGUAGAAAUGACAUUGACAGUUUUUCCUCAGUCGCUCUGGUCCAUUUCUCGGCUCGGAAUCGAAAUUUGCAAAAGUGUACGUGCAUUCCUCGAAACAAUUUGUACAAAUAGCACGAGACCGAGCAAGAGUCAUACUUUGUCGCUGGCAUCGCAGCCGAAACAUUCCACGUGAAAAUUUGGCAAAGAUUGCCCCAAAUGUUGCAUGCUAACAUUUUCUCAUUUCUCACUCUUUUUAAGACCCAACAGAAGGCACGAUAAAGUUUUGCCAUGCGACUCGUCAAGAAAUGUUCUUUUACCUUUUAAACAAA